UCCUAUUUCUCCUCUCUCUCUCUCUCUCUCUCUCUCUCUCUCUCUCUCGUGAGAAGAAUGCUGCGUCAAAGCACUCUGCGAUUAAGUCAAGUGAUGAAGUUUCUCUUUUGUUACUUCCUCACCAUGAUUUCUCUUGCUAAUGGAGCUUCUCAUCUCCACAUUCUCCAUAGCCAACCGCCUGCAGCUUCCGAGGAAACCCGGGUGGAAAUUUCCACAAUGAGUUUCUCAUGGAGUAUCGCUAGUGGCAGUGGAAGAAGAUCAGUUGCAGAGGCUCCGAUUUACGGGCCUUUCGAUAGCCUUCCUUUGGUAAAAGACCCUUCAGUGGCUCUGGCUGCUCAAAGAACGUACAGAAAAGAUCCUCUUAAUGGCUUCAAAAAGUAUACAGGGGGAUGGAAUAUCAGCGACCACCAUUACUGGGCUUCUGUGAGCUACACGGCUGUUCCUCUGUUUACCAUUGCCGCCGUUUGGUUUAUUGGGUUUGGAUUCUGCUUGUUGCUUAUCUGUGUAUGCCAUUUCUGUCUUAGAGAUCGAUCUUAUGGAUACUCCAAAACCGCUUAUGCCCUCUCCCUCGCCUUUCUAGUACUCUUCACCAUCACUGCAAUCAUUGGAUGUGUACUGCUAUACAGUGGUCAAUUAAAGUUUCACGAAAGCACGACAAAGGCAUUGGAUUAUGUUAUAGGCGAGGCUGACAGCACAGUUUCACAGCUGAGGAGUAUUUCAGACUAUCUUGCCUCAGCCAAGCAGACAGGAGUUGAUCAGGUUUUCUUGCCAGCUGCUGUCCAGACUGACAUUGAUCAAAUUGGAGGAAGGCUGAAUUCUUUUGCAACCACCAUCUCCAAGAAAACAACAGACAACUCUGAUGAUAUUAGAGAUUUCCUCAACUCUGUGAGGGUGGCACUAAUUGUGGUUUCAGCUCUCAUGCUCGCAUUGACGUUUCUUGGCCUCUUGGCUUCAAUUUUGGGGAUGCAUAUACUCGUUUAUACCCUUGUAAUUCUGGGAUGGAUUCUGGUGACGGCAACGUUCAUCUUGAGUGGCACAUUCCUCCUCCUGCAUAAUGCUACUUCAGAUACAUGUGUGGCAAUGGCCGAAUGGGUUCAGAGCCCUUUGGCUCACACAGCUCUUGACGAGAUCUUGCCUUGUUCGGACAAUGCCACUGCUCAAGACACGCUUACACGGAGUAAAGAGGUCACCUGUCAGCUCGUCGAUCUGGUCAAUGAAGUCAUCACCAAUGUCUCCAACAUCAAUUUCGCUCCAAACUUUGUCCCCAUGUACUACAACCAAUCAGGACCGUUGCUUCCAUUGCUCUGCAACCCAUUUCACCAUGAUCUGACAGACCGAGUUUGUUCUCCUGGUGAAGUAGACUUGAACAAUGCUACACAAGCAUGGAGCAACUACGUUUGCCAAGUGAACCCGAAUGGGAUAUGCACCACAACGGGGAGGCUAACACCGGUACUGUAUGGUCAGAUGGCGUCGGAAGUGAACAUAAGCAAAGGACUGGUCAAUGACGCACCAUUCCUAACUCAGCUUCAAGAUUGCUCAUACGCGAGGCAGACAUUCACGGACAUAACAGGGGAACACUGUCCUGCCCUGAGGCGUUACAGCCGUUGGAUCUACUUGGGUCUGAUGACAGCAUCAACGGCCAUGAUGCUUUCUCUUGUCUUCUGGGUGAUCUAUGUCAGAGAACGGCGGCAUCGGACACGACCUAAGGAAGGAGAACUUGUUGAUGGUUAUGUUUCUUCUGAUCAGAGGAACAGAGAUGGUGUAAGAGACAUGAUAGUUUACUGAGUUUUUUUUUUUGUGUUGUUGGCUGUAAAAUCUCUUAACUUGGCUUCAAAAACCGUGCCGUUUUCGAGA